CGGCUGACAAAUAACCAUAACGUAGUAAAAUAGGAAUGACGGUUUGGUUAAAGUUUGGUUGUUUCGGCAAUGACAGUGACAGGUUACAGAUGUGGCCAAUAUUGAUGCAGUUCCUAAGGACCAACGCUCCAUACAUAACCCUGCCCAUUGCUGCUGUUGUGGGAAUCAUUGGGUACAACCUAGAAAGCCUUUUGUCUGACAGAUAUACACCAUACAACAAACCUGUUCAAGAUCAAAGAUUUGAAAGGAUGACAGAAGAGGACAGUUUAAAAGACCCAACAAAUGUGAAAAAGCUGAAAUAUCAAGAGAAUGUCCUCGGCAAAAAUAUACCUCCUUCAUUGGAGAAGCAUUAGAUGUUUGGUGAGGAGCAUAGAGUGGCACAAGUUGUUUGUGUGAGAGGAAGUGCUGGUGUUUCACUUCAUUUUUGCAUAAGUUGAAACUCUUAGCUUGACCACUGUCACUAGCUUUAUUGUCAUUGCAACAAUAGGUUUUUUGCAUACAAUAAGAAAUUGCAGAUUAUAAAAUGUGUAUUUCCUUGUGCUGAAUUAAAAUAAAUUAAAAAAAGCUAGAUUUAUUUUAAAUCUCUUUUAUAUUUCACACAUAAUGUAUGCAGCUAGACCAAAGUCUAGUUUUGUGAAAACAAAUUUUGCCUUUGAUGAUAGCUGUAAUUUAUUAUAAUAUAAAGAGGUGUAUAGUAGCAGCCGUCUCCCAUGUAAAUAAAUAUUAUAUUGUUAUAG